GGUUGUAUUAACUCAGUUCGCAGCUCGACCUCUAAACCUAAUAAAAACUCGCAUGAUCCUGAUGAUGAGGUCGUGAGGUCCUUGAAAAGGUCGUCUCUUAAAGAAGGAUGUGAAGAUGACGAAGAAAAUAGACCUCAAGUGACCAGAGAAAAAAACAAAAUUAAAAGGCUUCAGACAAGCAUUCACAAAAACUUAAUAAAACUGUUUCAUAAGCUAAAAAGUGCCAAACCCGGAAGCGUAAUGCCUGAUCGCAAGGAAUUUACUAACUUCGCAGAACCAGCAAACCAAAAUGGCAAAUCUGGCAAUGCAGUAUCAACAGGCAUUCCACUGAGUAAAGUCAGAGACGGAAUCAAUAACAUCACUCAGUUUCAAGACAUGAACACUACAUCGACGCUCAAAGCUCUUGACAAAUUGGUAGGUGCAGUUCUUCCUAACAUGUCGUCGUUGCUAAACAACAGUAAUCCACAACGAGCUGAUGAUGCUGAUGGCGGAAGUGGCUCUGGGACAGAACCCAAUGAGCUACAGAAAAAUAAAUCAGAUCCUUACGCUGCCAUCGCUGCAGGACCCGACCACCCUAAGCUUCCACCAGACCUGAAGAUUACUCCUGGUGGUGGAUCGGACGGAGAAGCUCCACCUGUGGUACCUGUUGGGAUGUCUGAUGAUAGUAAGACCGGCGGAAGAAACGAUGAAGGACAUGGUCCUACUCCAGAAGGUAACCAUGAAUAUUUGUCUAACUUUGACUUCACAUUCACUCUGUACUGCAGAAUUCUUUAAUGUGUUUUAAGUUUGCCCUUUUAUCCCUACUGUCGGGAUUUUAGCUGCCGUUGCGAUGCCACGCAAUCUGUGUUUGAAGUGGAUUCGUGCCUUCCAAUCGCAGUACCAUUUAAUGAUAUUCCCUACUUUAAAAACUGGAUCGUCUCAGUCAUGUGAUCUAUGUAUGCCUUUCUACAAGAAAAUAUCGCAAAAUCACAAAAUAUAAAUGUGAUUUCGGCUUUUCUGCUCUUUCGAGCAACAUAAGUAGGAUUUAUCAAUAUUCUUUGGUGGGUUAGUACGAUUUACCGAUUUAGUGCUUUUUAAAAAUGCUUGCUAUGCUCUUGUUGAUCCUAGCUUGGUUUUUUUUCUAGAACCCAGUGAAGCCCCAAGUCAGGAUGAAGGUAACCGAACUCUUUUGAUAGCUUUUAAAAAGGGAACUGAACAUUCAAUAAAUGAAAAAGACAAUUUGAUGAUAAAAUUUCCUUUCUACAUUGCUCGUUUAGACAAAGACAACUCCGAAGAACCAGACAAUCCUAUGGUGAAGCAAAUGCAAGCCCAAGCUAUGCAAGUAAUACAGGAGCAGAUGCAAAACCAGUUCAAGGCCGCCAUGCAAGCCGCUAAAGGAAUGCCUGGCAUGUCGGGUGGCAUGGGUGGAAUGGCAAUGAUGGGAGGAAUGGGAGGAAUGCAAAGUAUGAACGGUGGAAUGGGUGGUGGAAUGGGUGGUGGAAUGGGUGGUGGAAUGGAUGGUGGAAUGGAUAGCAUGGGAGGAAUGGGUGGAGGAAUGGAUAUGGGAGGAAUGAACGACAUGGGGGGUAUGGGAGGAAUGGCAGGAUUUGGAGGAAUGGGAGACAUGGGAAUGGCAGGAAUGUACGGCAAUCGUAUGGCAGAAAUGGCUGGAAUGGGAGAUUUUGCUGGCAAUGCUUAUCAGAGAGACUCGCUGAGGGGCAGUAGGGAGUCUUUCGGUGAAGGAAACCCUUUCUACCCAAGAGGUCUUGGUGGAGGAUUCAGAGCACCCAUGGGACCAAUGUACCCAAUGGUAGACGAAUCGGCAGUUGGAAGAGAUAAAGUUCCCGUGGGGUACGAGGAGCGGGAGCCGAUGCCUUACUUCCGUCCUUUCCGGAGACAUCGUUAUUUUAGUGACGGUGAUGACCUCGAUGACGAUGUUAGUGAUGAUGAUGAUGAGGAGGACGAACCGUAUUUUGUUCCAGCAAGAGAACAUGCUGCGUUUGACGAGCCAUUAGACGAAGGGGCUGAAAACGAAAUGGAUGACGGGUAUGAUGCACCUUAUGAAAGGAAGACGAAAAUAGAAAAAGUUGAAAAACCUAAAAAGAAAAGCAAGGUGAGGCACACCAGCCACAAGAGAAGCAAGGCAGCUAAAGGACACGCGAAGAAGUCCAAAAAACACUUCACAGAGAAGCGAGGAAAGACUGAAGGUAAACAACGCAAAAAGAAGGAAUGAGCCCUGUAGAUCGUGCAUGAAACUCUUUUCUUCCUGGAGCAAGAAAGAUAAUAGGCACAGAGAAAUUGCAUGCUUGUGAAAUUGUCAUGGAAGAAGUGUCUUCGAUGAAAACUGGGACUGCCUUUAGAAGCAAUAAUUUGAGUCAGCUAGAUAUUAGAUAUCUCUAUUUACAUUUAUGACACAACUCAGAACUGUUUUUCAGAAAGAAAAAUAUUAUUGUCAACACAAUUCAGUAUUUCGUAUUCCUUCAGGGAGAUUUGUUAAUCAGUAAUUGCUUCCUUCAGCAAAGGAAUAUACAACAUUUUAAUCAUUUUUAAUAAAAUACCUUUGACAAGAAAUCAUUUCUUCGUUGAACCUUUUACUCGGAAAAAGAAGAAUAUCUGAUUCUUCAGCAUACUUAUUUGGUAUGUAGAAGUAUCAUUGAUCGUGAUUUUACGCCUGCAUCAGAAGUCACAAACAAGGAGAAGCAAAAGUAAUUAGCUUAUAUUUUGUCCGUUAGAGGUCUCUUGCAGAUUGACAUAGCGUUCACUCACAGACAUUAAAAUAAAAGUGUUUGGCAAAAUUUGUUGUAAUCUUACAUCAUUGUAAUCUCGUAGGUGUGAGUACUGAUGCAGUAACCCCGCAGAUGUUUUACAGUUCAGCGAUGAAACAAAUGCAGCAACAAGCGAUGUCGGCUAUUGAAAAACAGAUGCAAAACCAAUUUGCCAGCGCUUGGAAAGGUGCUAAUGGAAUGGGAGCAAAGAUGAAUAUGGGAGGUGGAAACAUGGGCGGCGGAAUGGCAGGGAUGAUGGGUGGUAUGGCAGGAAUGAAUGGAAUGGCAGGAAUGGGAAUGGGAAUGGGAGGGAUGAAUCAAAUGCAAGGUAUGCUAGGAAAGGGAGGAGGUGGAGGAAGAAUGAAUCAAAUGCAGGAUCAACCACAAGGAAUGGGCCCCAUGCCCGAUAUGCCAGGAGGACAAGAAGGGUUUGGCCCCAUUAAAAUGCCAGGAGGUUUUGGUCCCAUGAAUGAUAUGCCAGGAGGAAUGGGCCAGAUGAAUAAUAUGCUAGGAGGGCCAGGCGGAGCGGGGCCGAUGAAUGAUAUGCCGGAAGGACUUGGAGGAAUGGGAUCUAUGCAGGGUAUGCCUGGCGGGCCACAAGGUAAUGGACCGAUGCAAGAUUUUCCUGAAUAUGGAGGAAUGGGUGGAUUUGGAGGAGGUAAUGGCAUGGAUGUUCAGGAUCCGAGCAUGCAGACAAGCAUGGGUAAUGGCUUAUUUAAAAGAGUGUUGAAGAACAAGGCUAACAGAAAAGACAGUCACAAGAAAACUAAAAUAACUAAGGGUAGGAAAGGUUCUCACAAGAUGAAACACCACAAUUAG